ACCCAAGUGACUCGUGAUAUUGCUGCUCAAUAUCUCCGGAAAACGACACUGAAGAUCUUCUUCUCGAAUGUGAUCACCAUUUCUCUGAUCGAUAAAACCUGUGUUUUUCUCUUCCGCUCAAUCCCAAUUAGAAUGUAUACCGUUCGUCGGCCCAGACUCUAGCGACCUGCCUUCCCGUUUUUUGGAUGGUUUGUUUCUUUUAGAACGAACCUCCAUUUCUGCAGAAGCUAAAAUAUCUUUCAGUUCAAUAAAUGCGAUAAAUUCAGUCUAUUCCAGCUGGGUUUGUGGAAUUUGCCUCUGGGUCUCCUUCAUUUUUAGAGGAAGUGGAUAUUCUUACCUGUUGCUGGUAAAAGUUCGGUCCGUUCAGUCCGGGUUUGAUUGAGUUCAUCGGUUCUGGUUGAUAUCUGGAAGACAUGGUGACUCUGGGGUUGGCUUCUGGGAAGAAAUCCUUUAAAACGGUGAAUUUGGUCUUCAGAUUACCGUAUUAUACUCAGUGGGGGCAGAGCCUUCUCGUCUGCGGUUCAGAACCUGUGCUUGGUUUGUGGAAUGUGAAGAAGGGUAUCCUUUUAAGCCCUUUUCAUCAAGGUGAGGAACUUAUUUGGUCCGGAAGAAUCGAGGUUCCAUGUGGGUUCCAGUGUGAAUACAGUUAUUAUUUGGUGGACGAUAAUAGAAACAUUCUGAGAUGGGAGGCUGGAAACAAACGCAAAUUUGUACUGCCCGAAGGGAUUCAGGAUGGUACCAUGGUGGAGCUUCAUGACCUAUGGCAGACAGGUGCAGACACUCUCUUUUUUAGAAGUGCCUUCAAAAAAGUCAUCUUUAAGGAAAGUUGGUGUUUGGAUUCAGAAAAACCUUUAGGAGCCUUUCAGACUAACCGGGAAGAUUCUGUCAUGGUUCAUUUUAAAAUAAGCUGCCCAAGGAUAGAAAAAGAUGCAUCACAGGUAUAUGUGAUUGGUAGCUCAACCAAAUUAGGAAUGUGGAAAGUUGAGGAUGGACUUAAACUUAACUAUGCUGGUGAAUCAUUUUGGCAAGCAGAUUGUGUGAUGAAAAAAGAUGAGUUCCCAAUAAAAUACAGGUACUGUCAGAGUGGUAAGACAGGAAAUGUCUCAGUGGAAGUUGGUUCAAAUCGGGAGCUCUCUGUUGACUCAACAUUACAAAGUCCACCAAGAUAUAUUUGCCUAUCUGAUGGCAUCUUUCGAGACAUGCCAUGGAGGGGUGCUGGUGUUGCAAUUCCCAUGUUCUCAGUCAGAUCAGAAGAUGGCCUUGGAGUUGGAGAGUUCCUUGACCUAAAGUUACUUGUAGACUGGGCAGUUGGUUCUGGAUUCCAUCUGGUUCAACUUUUACCGGUUAAUGAUACUUCUGUGCAUAUGAUGUGGUGGGAUUCAUACCCCUACAGCUCUCUCUCUGUAUUUGCACUUCAUCCACUAUAUCUCCGAGUCCAAGCACUUUCAGAAAAUAUACCAGAAGAUAUUAAGCGAGAGAUUUUAAAGGCAAAAGAACAACUGGAUGGAAAGGAUGUUGAUUACGAGACCACUAUGUCCACUAAGCUCUCAAUUUCCAAAAGAAUUUUCUACCUAGAGAAAGAUUCUAUACUUAAUUCCAGUUCCUUUCAGAAAUUUUUCUCUGAGAACGAGGAUUGGUUAAAACCCUAUGCAGCAUUUUGUUUCUUGCGUGACUUUUUUGAAACAUCAGACUUCAGCCAAUGGGGCCGCUUCUCCCAUUAUUCAAAAGAGAAGCUUGAGAAGAUUGUUUCAAAGGAUAGUGUGCACUAUGACAUCAUUUGCUUCCAUUAUUAUAUUCAGUUCCAUUUACAUCUACAAUUGUCAGAAGCAGCAGCAUAUGCAAGAGAGAAAAGAGUGAUCUUGAAAGGAGAUCUUCCCAUUGGUGUGGACAGGAACAGCGUUGAUACCUGGGUGUACCCAAAUUUGUUUCGCAUGAACACAUCUACUGGAGCACCUCCAGACUAUUUUGAUAAAAAUGGACAGAAUUGGGGUUUUCCCACUUAUAAUUGGGAGGAAAUGUCAAAAGACAAUUAUGGUUGGUGGCGUGCUCGUUUAUCACAGAUGGCAAAGUAUUUCACAGCAUACAGAAUAGAUCAUAUUUUGGGUUUCUUUAGAAUCUGGGAGCUUCCUGAGCCUGCUAUCACUGGUUUAGUUGGAAAAUUUCGACCUUCUAUCCCUCUAAGUCAGGAAGAACUCGAGAGGGAGGGUAUAUGGGACUUUGAUCGUCUAAGCCGUCCAUAUAUUCAGCAAGAAAUCUUGCAGGAUAAAUUUGGAUCUUCUUGGUCUGCCAUUGCUUUAACCUUUCUGAACGAAUACCAGAAGAACUGCUAUGAGUUCAAGGAGGAUUGCAACACAGAAAAGAAAAUUGCUUCAAAACUUAAAUCAUGUGCUGAAAGAGCCAUAUGGUUGGAGAAUGAAGAUAAAAUACAGCGUGGACUCUUUGAUCUUCUGCAGAAUAUUGUUCUUAUCAGAGAUCCAGAAGAUGCACGAAAAUUUUAUCCUCGUUUUAAUCUUGAGGAUACAUCAAGUUUCAAAAAUUUAGAUGAUCACAGUAAAAAUGUACUGAAAAGAUUAUAUCAUGAUUACUAUUUCCAUCGACAAGAAACUCUUUGGCGCCAAAAUUCACUGAAAACUCUGCCUGUCCUACUAAACUCAUCAGACAUGUUGGCCUGUGGAGAAGAUCUAGGGUUAAUUCCUUCCUGUGUUCAUCCUGUUAUGCAAGAGUUAGGGCUGAUAGGUCUACGCAUCCAACGAAUGCCAAGUGAACCUGGUCUGGUGUUCGGCAUUCCUUCUCAGUACAGCUAUAUGACAGUUUGUGCUCCAUCAUGUCACGAUUGCUCCACAAUGCGUGCUUGGUGGGAAGAAGAUGAGGAAAGAAGAUAUCAAUUUUUUAGAACAGUGGUGGGAUCUAGUGAUGUGCCACCCGAUCAAUGUGUUCCAGAUAUUGCAUAUUUCAUCUUACAGCAGCAUGUUGAAGCUCCAUCAAUGUGGGCAAUUUUCCCCUUCCAGGACUUAUUAACAUUGAAAGAAGAGUAUACAACACGACCUGCAAGGGAGGAGACAAUAAAUGACCCCACCAAUCCAAAGCAUUACUGGAGAUAUCGUAUUCACGUGACAUUGGAACACUUGCUGGAAGAUAAGGAUAUUAAACUUACCAUUAGGAAUCUUGUGCAUGGUAGCGGGAGAUCGUGCCCUCCUCUGGAGGGAGAUGACAUUCAAGGGAAGAACAAUGAAGCAGCUGUGAAUCUAAAGAAAUAGCAGCUUGCCUAUAGUUAUAUGGAAUUCAAGGAAGAAGACUUCAGAGUGUUGUGUCAUAAAUCAUAAAUGCUUCUCAAUUAGAUUCAGGAUAUGAUAAAGAAAGAAAAAUAUGCUAUCAAAUUCAGUAUCUUGAGAUAAAAGAUCACCUCUAGGGAGAGAUGUUUAUAUUAGUGGUUUAAACUUUAAAUGUAUCACAGACUCAUCCUUACAGAUUCAAUUCGAAGGAUUGAAAUAAUUUCUUUUUAUUUUGUAAAAGUAUGUUUGUUGAUACUAAUUUGUCUUCAGAUGCCAACAGGAUCAUAUUGGAGGCAAGGCUCUUUGCUUGUGGUCCAUUUGGAAGGAUUAGAAUGCAUUGGAAAUAGCAGAAACUAAAAGAAAGGACCUAACCAUCUCCCCAGAUGUUAGAUGUAAUUAUUUUACCUAAGAGUUACAAGAUUAAGAACGAUCCUGAUGGGCAAGUAAAUGAACGGAUGAUGAGUCAAUAGAUCAGAUCUCAUUGAUUUAA